GACGCUGCGCCGGGCCCAGAGAAUGACAACAUGGAGCAGAAAUCCCAGGAUGGUAGAAGAGGCCCCCCAAAGAGAGAAGUGCCCCCCAUGGUGGGGCUGCUCCUCGCCAUGGCCCUCAUGAACGUGCUGCUCUACUUCGGCCUGAACUGGCUCUUCCUUUCCCCUCAACGCUCUGUAGUGGAUUCCAGUCUCUGCCCCCCUGGUUCCUUCAGAAUGGGACAGAUGAGAAACUGCUCGCCCUGGCUGUCCUGUGAGGAGCUGAAGACAGAAGUGAGACAGCUGAAGCGUGUGGGGGAAGGAGCUGUGAAGAGGGUCUUUCUGUCUGAGUGGAAGGAACGCAAAGUUGCUCUCUCACGCCUCACCAGUCUGGAGAUGCAAGAGGAUUUCCUGCAUGGACUUCAGAUGCUCAAAUCUCUACAGAGCAAACACGUUGUCACACUGCUUGGCUACUGUGAGGAAGACAACACUGUCCUCACUGAGUACCACCCCUUAGGCUCCUUGAGCAACUUGGAAGAGACUCUGAACCUUCCCAAGUACCAGCACAUGAACACGUGGCUGCAACGACUGCAGCUGGCCAUUGCUUAUGUGAGUAUCAUUGACUACCUGCACCGCAGCCCCAUGGGCACGCGGGUCAUGUGUGACUCCAAUGAUUUGCCCAAGACGCUGUCCCAGUAUUUGCUGACCAGUAACCUUAGCAUUGUGGCCAAUGAUCUGGAUGCCCUGCCCCUGGUGAACCACAGCUCUGGGACACUGGUGAAGUGUGGCCACAGGCAGCUCCACGGAGACUUUGUGGCCCCAGAGCAGUUAUGGCCCUAUGGGGACGACGUGCCUUUUCAGGAUGACCUCAUGCCACCGUAUGAUGAGAAGGUUGAUAUUUGGAAGAUUCCAGAUGUCUCGAGUUUCCUUUUGGGACAUGUGGAAGGGAGUGAUAUGGUCCGCUUCCAUUUGUUUGACAUUCAUAAGGCAUGUAAGAGCCAGACUCCUGCAGAAAGGCCCACUGCUCAGGCUGUGCUGGAUACUUACCACAAGGUUUUGAGUUCACUCAGAGAGACGUUAGUGCCUCAGACAAGAGAAAUGCUCUAAGAUCCAGUCCUGUGACUAACAGGAAAGGAGAUUAAGGGAGAUAGAAUCAUUGCAGGAACUUUGCUUACUGAGUGUUUAUGAGUCCUGCCUCUCCUGGUGAUCCAGAAGGAAGGUGCUAAGCUAGAGCAAACAACUCGAUUGAAUUUCCCACCAAUCAUUCCCAGGUGAAGAUCUGGACAAACUGAUCCCAACCAAUCUGUGAAGGAAGAGACUUCACCUACCUGAAUAAUUCAUCUUGUAAGCUAGUGAGUCAUGUAUAUAGAAAAGUUCUUUAAAUUGCCAU